AUGAAAGUUUCCCAACGGAUUAUUAUUCAAGCACUGGCAUUAUUUUUGUUUAUAAAAUACACAGGGAUACAUUCUGCACUCUACUUUUACGUUCAAGAAGGUACAGAAAAGUGUUUCAUACAAGAAGUUCCUAAGUCUGUUCCAAUUCACGUAAAAUAUGAGAAUGUGAAUAAUUUAGGUAUUGAUUGUAACAUUAUUUUCAGAAACCCAGAAAACAUUGAAGUAUUUAGUAGGCAUGUAAACGAAAAUGAGCAUAAAGGGAGUGUCGCAUAUCUUCCAGAAAUAGAUGGAGAUCAUAAGUUAUGUAUUAGAUGCGAAUCUUCAAAUUGGUUUAAAUCAGAGCAAAUGAAAUGGAAACUCUCAAUUGAUACAGGUAACUUGAGUGAGCACCUCGAUGUAGAUUCUAUAGCAAGCAAAGAUGAGGCAAAUUAUAUAGAAGAGUUUAUCAAAUCUCUGACUAACAAGGUAAAUAAUCAAGUAUCUGAGGGGGAAUAUGAGUUUGAAAAACAAGAAAAGUUUUUACAUCAAGCACUGAGUGUAAACAAAAGAAUUGUGAUAUAUUCUAUCAUCCAACUAUUAUUAGUAUCAGCUAUUUCAUAUUUUUCAAUUAUUCAUAUGAAGAAUUUCCUUAGAAAACAGAAGAUUAUUUAG